AAUCACCUCCAACUUUUUCAUUUCAUCUUCCCAACGUUUUCUCUACUGCAAAAAUGGCCACUAACAUCACCUGGCACGAGAACUUGACUCACCAAGAAAGAGAAGCGCUUACCAAGCAAAAAGGAUUAACCAUCUGGCUCACGGGCUUAUCUGCCAGUGGAAAGUCCACUAUCGCCUGUGCUUUGGAACAAUAUUUAUUAAAACAUGGCCAUAACUCGUACCGUUUGGACGGAGAUAACAUCCGGUUCGGCUUAAACAAGGACCUUGGCUUCAGUGAGGCCGACAGAAAUGAAAACAUCAGAAGAAUCUCCGAAGUGGCCAAGUUGUUCAACGAUUCGUGCUGCUUUACCAUCACUUCGUUCAUAAGUCCCUACAGAAAUGAUAGAAGAACUGCCAGAGAGUUACACGCUAAAGAUAACUUGCCAUUCAUUGAAGUAUACAUCGACGUUCCCAUCGAGGUUGCCGAAAAGAGAGAUCCAAAAGGAUUAUACAAAAAGGCCAGGGACGGUAUCAUCAAGGAGUUCACCGGGAUCUCUGCUCCGUACGAAGCCCCUGAAAAAGCUGAAAUCCACAUCGUCAAUGACAACAUCACCAUCGAGCAGGCGGCCGAACAGAUUGUUGAGUACUUGAGAGCCCAUCAGUACAUCUAGAAUUAAAUACAUCUAUUUCUUCAAGCUAUCCAACCGAGCCUGUAAAUCAUCCUCUUCCCCUGCGGCCACCGCCUGGGCCACCCGCGGCUCAGGGCGACCACUUGCAAUACCACUGGGCGUGUCUUGCAAUGUGGCAUUCAACGACACCCCGAUUUCGUCCAAUACCUGGCUUAAGAUCUCGUCCACCUGCUCUUCUUCACCCAACUCAUCGUCAUCAAAGGCCAUGGCAUCGUCGAUGGCAUCAUCCAUAAACUCUUGUUUCUGGUCCAUCAUGUCGUUUUCUCUCUGGAACUCCUGGGCGAUUCUUGACAAUUGGGGCAAGUUCAUCAGCCGGUUCAUACCUGAUAAUACUCUGGUAGCAUCUCUCAUGGAGGUGGCCAUUUGUUGGUUGCUUCGGACGCUUUGGAUACGCAAGCUGAUGGCCUGGAGUUGUGCUUUCAUGGAGUUGAACUUGGUGAUGUAGCCCUUUGUUCUGACCAAGUCUUUUGCCUGGACUUUGGCACUAGAGAUUUGGCCCAGUUUGGCGGACUUUUUGAUAUCACCAAUCAAUUUUUUUUCCUGCUGCUGCAACUUGGCGACUUCUCGGGCCAACUCACGCUGGGUCUUCUCAAGGGCCCGUUGGUUCUUGCGGAGCCGCUCUUGGGGUGUCAAUUUCUUGCCGAAUGCCCAUUCGAAUAUUUGUGACAUGGCGAGGAGUGAUGAGUGGAU